AUGAAUGAACCAGCAUAUUUCAAAAGUGGAGAUUGGACAAGUCGAUAUCAUCAAUAUGGUCGUUGGCAUGGACCUCAUCAAAUAUCACUCAUGUUUGAUUCGUAUGCAAGUAGAGUGACUGGACAUGGAUACGACGAUGUUGGUCCAUUCACUAUUAGUGGGACAUUUUCUGUAGAAAAUCAGCAGAUAGCGUUGAACAAAAAUUAUCAACCAGGUGCUGGUGACCUUAAAGAAAACUUCGGACAUACAGUAACUAUACAAUUGACGUGGAAUCAAAAUCAUGCACAAUUCGAAGGCAAAUGGCGUGUGGAAACUAAUAGCUAUCGUGGUGAAGACAAAUUCGAACUAAAACUUGGAAAGUCUUCGUAA